AUGUUCUCAUCCGCCUUCAAGUCAUUCACAUCAAAUAUCACGUCAAAUUAUGAACUGUCCAAACAGCCCUCUGCCACGGCUGGCGUCUGGACCAUAUUCGAUGCCAAGAAGAAGAAUACCGGCGCCCAAGUCUCGGUGUUCAUUUUUGACAGAAAGUCUCUCGAUAUCACCAGCAGCGGGUUUGGAGCACGUGCUACUAGUGCCGCCUCGGUGCGCAAGGUCCAGGAUGAGGUGAUCGAGAGACUGAAAAAAGAAGCCAGCAGUCUGGCUCGGCUGCGUCACCCUUCGAUCUUGCAACUGGUAGAGCCCGUCGAGGAGACUCGCAGCGGUGGGUUGAUGUUUGCGACAGAGCCUGUUUUGUGCUCCUUAGCUGCAGCGCUGGCACAAAAAGACAGAACUGGUGGCCAACCUGACAGAGGCAUCUCGAGAUCCGCGUCUAAUGAUGGCACCGUUUCGAGAGCAUUACAAGACAUAGACAUGGAUGAGUUGGAGAUCCAGAAAGGUUUGCUCCAGGUGGCUAAAGGAUUGGAGUUCCUCCACGAUUCUGCCAAGCUUGUUCAUGGAAACUUGAACCCAGAUGCCAUCAUAAUCAAUGCGAAAUCGGACUGGAAAAUCUCAGGGCUUGGUUUUGCAGGACCGCCCGAUGGAGCCGAAGGACAUCAGCCUGUUCCGCAAAUCCCGCUUUCCGAGGUCCUGUAUCAUGAUUCUCGAAUACCACGAUCUGUGCAGUUGGACCUCGAUUAUACCUCGCCCGAUUUCGUGCUCGACACUAACAUCAAUGUCUUGGCCGAUAUAUUCUCCUUAGGCAUGGUUGUCUUAGCAUGCUACAGACAUCCGCACAGAUCGCCUAUUGAAACUCAUGGAAAUCAGUCGACGUAUAAGAAGAUCUUCAGCAAUGCUUCAACUGUGCCUACCAGUGCCAACAAUUUCCUUUCAGAAGAUGCUUUACCGCGCGAGCUCAAUGUUACACUUCCCAGGAUGUUGACCAGGCGGCCGGCGCAGCGAAUGACAGCAACCGAAUUCCAACAGUCGCAGUAUUUUGAUAAUAUCUUGGUGAACACCAUACGGUUCCUGGACGCCUUCCCAGCGAAGACUCCGGCCGAGAAGACACAAUUUAUGAAAGGCCUCGGUCGAGUGAUGCCUCAAUUUCCGCCUUCGGUACUGGGUAAGAAGAUACUUGGUGUGCUGCUUGAUGAGAUGAAGGACCGCGAGCUCUUGCCCUUGAUAAUGCAGAACAUCUUCCAUAUCGUCAAAAUCAUCCCUUCCAGCAAGGAAAUCAUGGCGGACAAGGUGCUCCCGAGGAUGCGAGACAUAUUCUUGGCGAAAUCCAAGUCUGAAGAUAGGGAUAGUAGCAAGGAAGCCGCUCUAUUGUCGACGCUCAGCAACGUCCAGCUUAUCGCCGACAAUUGCUUGGCAAAGCAGUUCAAGGACGACCUGUUGCCGAUAGUCUUUAUGGCGAUGGAGUCUUCCACGCAUUCCUUGACCGAUGCUGCCCUCCAAACGCUACCGAUCAUUCUGCCAUUGCUUGAUUUCUCAACAGUGAAGCAUGACGUCUUCCCCGUGGUUGCUAGCGUCUUCAGUAAGACGAACAGUUUGAGCAUCAAAAUUCGUGGCCUUGAAGCAUUGGGCGUGCUGUGCGGAGUAUCGACGGCUCGAAUUGAGAAUGACAUGGAUGAUUAUUCUGGCAAGCUCGAGCCAGAAAGGCAGGGCAAGAAUGUCUCAAGCCUCGACAAAUUUACGAUGCAGGAGAGAGUGGUCCCACUCUUGAAGGCCAUCAAGACCAAGGAGCCGGCAGUGAUGAUGGCCGCUCUGAAGGUUUUCCGCCAGAUUGGCACUGUCGCAGACACGGAAUUCUUGGCCCUUGAUGUCUUGCCCAUCCUCUGGAAUUUCAGCCUGGGUCCUCUGCUCGACCUUAACCAGUUCAAGUCAUUCAUGGAUGUCAUCAAGGCACUAUCGGCGAAGAUCGAACGAGAACAACUUCGUAAAUUGCAAGAACUCUCCUCGAGCAGAGCAUCUGAGCCCAAGGGGAAGUCUACAUUGCCGUUCGCGCCGACUAAUGGAACAACAGAGGGGAAUCAGCUCGGUAGCACGGAAGACGACUUCGAGAAGCUCGUGCUUGGAAGUAAGAACGCUGACAAGAUUGAUGUCUUCGCAGGCGUUCUCUCCGAAGGGCAAAAACUUACUCAGAACCCACCCUCCUUCUCAUGGGCUCCAGCAAACGCCACGAACGCGAAGAUGGCGUCUAAUCAAACAACAUCGUCUCUGCCUUUUCUGCAGCCGCAACCAAUGUCUCGAUCAAUCACACCGGACGUCGGCGUUUCGGCGUUUUCCAGUCUCCAACCUCUGCAGCCAUCAACAGCCUCUGUCUGGGGAGUUCACUCACACUCGCCCGUGUCUGUUCAAAGCCAGCAGCAGGCGAAGCAUCCUACGAACUACCUUUCCAACCCUCCAAGCUCGAUGUCUCCGCCAGCGGUCUCAUCAAAUCCGACCUGGCAGCUUCCACCGCCGCCAGGCCCCCAACAGUCGCCGAACUCAGUGCUCACACCUAGUAUAGCCCCGCCCCCUGGAGUGAGCACACAGGCAAGUGUCUGGCCGCGGCCGGGGUACAAUAACGUUGGAAUGUCCUCGCAGCCCGGCACUGGUUUUAGUGGCUUCGGCGGAUCGAUGAACGUACUGCAACCUCAACAGCCGCUGUCUCAGCAAAAGAAAACCGGUCUAGACAAAUAUGAAUCGCUUCUUUGA